AUGCGUAGGUCACGGUCGAGAUCGAGAUCAAGAUCUAGAAAAAGAAGCACUAGUUGCAGAAGGGGCAGAAAGGUUAAAGAAGAAUCAAGAAUUAAAACAUUCACCAAAAAUGUUGGCAAAGGGUUAUUCGAAACCUUCUCCUAUUUCGCUCUGGCUUAUCUAGCUGAUGUCGUCUGGUAUUCUGGCAUGAUACCAUCGAUAGAAAAAUCGAACAGCAACGUUGUCUUUAUAAUUACUGCAUUCUGUUUAGCCAUUCUGUUCACGAAAUUCAUAUCUAAAUGUUCCCAAUUCAUUCGGACAAUUCUCAUAGCGAUCGCUCUGGCCACAUUACCUCUCGCGUUGUCAACAAAAAACGUAAAUUGGCAGGGGGAGUAUCAAGCUAUAGGUCUGGAUAUUUUGAAGCUGGCCGCUCCGAUCUACAUAAAGUUAGUCCUCUUCAGACUGAUGACUUGGCUGAGAAACCUCUGCAUCGACAUGGGAUACUUCGUGUUUCUCUUUUGA